AUAACUACGUUUAAUACUUAAUUAAUUUUAAUUUAAAAUUUCAGAUCCUUUAAGUUGAUAUUCUUGAAAAUCCUUUCAAGUAGAAUUAUUACGUUAUAAAAUAAACCUACAUUCAAAGUUUUAGCGUCUUAGACCAUGUAGUUUUGGCUACAACAAAGAAAUUGGCAUGUAUCUGACAAUAACAAUGCCCAUAACCUCAGACUUGAUUCAAACAACCAGUGGAGAAGACAAAAUAGUUAAAUUAUUAGUUGCAUAACAUAAUAAUUUUAAUAAUAUAAAUACUAAAGUACAAACUAGAAUACCCAAAGAAUGCAUCGGUUUAUUCGUCAAGUAUUGCCAAACUUCAAACAAGUUAAUUUCCUGGCAUUCUCCAACCCGAUCAUCAACAAAGUAAAACUACAUCAACAACCUCUAGUCAAAAAUAAAAGUAUUAAAUUAUUCCUAACAUUAAGCGUGCUGCAAUGGCUGGGAUUUGAGAAGGACGACGAAGAAAAGGAAAGUGAGUUAAUAAUGACACUAAAAAGAGCUGUUUUAUGUACUCAAAGAGAACAAUACGACAAGGCUGAGCAAAUGUUGCACAUAGCUUUAAGACUAGCCCAGCAGCAACAGAACAAGCAGGGAAUUCUGUAUUGUUUUGACUUGAUGGGCAACCUAGCCUUUGAUACUUUUCAAUUGGAGAAGGCACAGAAGAUAUUUGUUAUUGUCAUGCAAAUGUUACUUGAAAGUGGAGUCAAAGAAGAUGAUAACAAGAUGGUACAUGUCAGUUUAAAGGUUGCAAGAAUAAACCACCUUUUAGCAAGAGAAGAUGUUGCAGAAACAGGCUUCAAGUGGUGUUUAGAAAAGAUAACACCAAACAAAAAUCAAGAUUAUGACACAAAACUCUUGUAUGGAGUUGUACAAGACUGGUAUGCACAGUUUCUACUUGACAGAGGUGAAGUGAAUGCUUCUUUGGAGCAUUUGAAAGAAGCUUAUGAUGUGUGCUGUGAAGUUGAGGGUAAAAACACUGAACAAACCAUGUUAUUACUUAAUGAUUUGGGUAUUACUUCAUGGAAAGCUGGAGAUAUUCAAAAAGCUGAGGCGUUUUUAAAUGAUGCAUUGAUUUUGGGUAAAAAAUUAGAAGAUCAAAGGCAUUUGGGUGUUGUACAGUCAAAUUUGGGCUUAAUUUACUUACAAAACGGUUUUGUUGAGAAAGCGCACGAGUUUUGUAAGAUGGGAUGGAAGUUAGGUAAACAUUAUGAUGAUAAUGAAUCAAUAGGCCAGUCUACAUAUUGUCUAGAUCAAAUUAGAGAAGUAUUAGGAGAAAAACAACAAAACAAACAGAAAUAAACUAAAAUUUAGUCGAAUUUAGACGUGAAAAUGUAAAUAAAUAUGUUUAAAUAUGUA